AUGACUGUAGCUAUAAACAGCUGUAGCGACAAAGCAGCCUUUUGGUGCAAUGAAGGAUGUCAUCACAUUGAGACGGUGGCCGCUCCCCCAGGGCCCGAGGAGGGCUGCAGGACUGGCCACCGCACCCCAGGCCGCGGCCAUCCCGGGGCCCCCGGGCCCCAACCGGAGCCGGACCUGCGCCGCCUUAGGGUCCUUGAUGCCUUAAUGAGCAUGGCAGAUGCAAAUGAACAGCUAGCACAAAGUAAAGUGCUAGUAACUCAACUUAAGCAGUUUAUCAAAGAGAAAGAUGCCGAACUUCAUGAGAGAGACCAACAACUAAAGGCAGCAAAAGAAGGUUUUGAUUCUAAACUUUCCAAAAUAAAACUGGAGAACAAAGCCAAGGUGUUAUUGCUGACUACUCAACUGGAGGAACUUAAGAAACAACUACCAGGACCUGCGGGAGCAGAAUGGAAAGCUGAAGAUGAAAAAGUAAAUUUUGCAUCUAAAAAUGGUGGCCAUGAAAAUGCUGUAAACCGUGCCAAACUCAUAGUACUGAAGAAAAAAGUUGAAGCAUUGGAAUCCCAAAAGCUCCAAAUUAAUGAAGAGUUACAAAAAAAGAUUGCAGACUUGGAAACCCAGCGUCAACGAGGCGUGGACUUGGAUUCUAUUCUUGCAUUAAAGGAUAGGAAACUAGCUGAAAAAGAAGCCUACAUUGUUGAGUUGCAGUUAGCCUAUGGAUCAGAAAAUUUUGCUAGCUUAUUUGCUCCUAUUGAAGAUUUGAAGAGCCAGCUGAAUGCGAAGGAGUCGUCUCUGCAGAACUUUGAACAGUUAGUUCAUAAUCUAACCAAGAAGGUUGAAGAAAAUGAAGAGAAGUGCAGUCUCCUUCAGGAAGAAAAUGAAGACCUUAAAGGACGUGCUGUUAAAGAAAGAGAACAUUUCCAGGAAAGAGAAGCUAUGUACAGUGAAAAUAUUCGUGUAUUUCAAAGUAUUAUCCAGGAGAAGGAAAAAGAGCUAAUGGAACAGGCUCAGAAACAUGAGCUUGAACUGUUUAGACUAGCCGCAAAAUCAGAUGCCAGAUCUGAUCUAGAUCAGUUGCUCAAGGCCCUUAAGCAGAAACUCCAUGAGAAAGAAGAAGUGCUUUCGGGGAGGACCCAGGUGAUUGUCGUGAUGCAAAAGGAGCUAGAUGUCAAGGAUAAACAACUAAAGGACACUAGUGCAAGCAUACGACAGCUGCAGUCAGAGAAAGAAGACUUGGAGUCUAAAAUGUUUGCUGACAGGCAUAUAAUGAAAGUCCAGUUAAGAGAACUUUCGGAAAAACAUGACCUUGAACUUAAGCAAGUUGCAGAGAAGCAUCGUGUUGAACUCCACAGUGUAAUAGAGAAAUAUGAAAUAGAAAUUCAGGAGAAGGAUCAAACCCUGCAGCAUCUUCAGAAACAAGUGGAAGAAUCAAGUAGUAAUGGACAAAGAAUUACUUUGCAAGGCACAGAAAUGGAUGGUGUUAAUAAAGAAAAAAUGAAACAAUUAGAAGCUCAAGUGAACUUGAAAAUAGAAGAAGCUAGAAAAUCUGAAGAAAGAUUGCUUAGAACUAAAGCAUGGUCAAAGUCUCGCAUAAAGCAGCUGGAAAAUGAACUAAAGAAGAUGUCACUGAAGAAUGAUGAUAAAUCUGCUCUAACCAGCCGGCUGUCAGAAUUAGAGGAAAAACUAGAAGUAAAAGCUCAAGCUUUUGUUGACCUCAAAGCACAUAAUGAAGAGCUGCUUUCUAAACUGGAGAUGUAUGAAGAACAGCAGAGAAAGUUGCAGGCAGAUCUCGAGCAGGUUACGAAGAGGGCAGCUUCUCAGGCUAGUGAAUCGGGUAGUGCUGAGGAAUUUCAGUCUCAGCUUUUAGAGUGGCAUGAGAUGGGACAAAGGUCAGAAGAAGCACGUGACCAAGCCAGAGAGGAAAAAUCUUCUCUAGCUAUGAGAAUCGUUGAGCUAGACCAUGAUCCUGAAGCUCUGGUCUCAGGGCAGCAAGUGGACGAGGAUAGGCGGGAUGAUGAAGAAUGUGGCAGUCUUCAUCAAACCAGAAGAAAGAAAAAGCAGGCUACAAUAAAAUUCCAGCAAGAAUAUCAUUUCGAUAGGAAACAGUGCUUUGAAGAUCUGAAUGAUACCUUUGAAGAUGUGAAUGGCAUACAGACAGCAGAAGGGGAAAAUAUGGGAGGUUGGUGGCCGGAGUAUCCAUCCCCUAAUGCAGAAGGAUUACGGAUGGUGAUGGAGGGAUUGGAGUUGGAGAGAAAUCAACUACAAGAGCAAAUUUUAUCUCUUGAAGAUCGUUGUCAAGAUUUGGAAGAUAGACUUCAGUUGCAAGCCAGAGUGGAAGCUUUGCAGAAUGAAAAUGAACAUCUGCAGACGCAACUUGGACAGCUCCAAAGCCAGAAAGCACAGGAUAAUGAGAAGAAUGAAAUAAUUGUUUCUGGCUUGAAUGAACAACUGAAAGGGUUAAAUGAUAGCAAAGCCUUUCUUGAAAAUGAACUUGGGGAAAGAGACCAGAAGCUAUUGCAUGCAGCAAAGAAAUUGGAGGAAAUUGAUAAUUGCAAGAUAUUACUACAAGAGAAAGUUCGUUCCGUGGAAGAAAUGAAUGAGAGGUUGGCCCAAACAGAACAACAACUGGAAGAAGUUAGAAAGCAGUGCCAGGAGAAUGAAGCAGAGUGCUCUGAACAAAAAAUUACAAUUGGUCAUUUAGAAGAGAAAAUAGCGAUGCUUAAAGAAAAGAAUAUGAAGCAAGAGAACACAGUAGAACUAAUGAAGCAAGAUCUUGACCAGGCAAAUGAAGAACUUGAAAGACUCAACACAAACCAUCUGGAGGAGAGAUUUCAACUUAUUCAAGAUCUCCAAAGACGAGAGCGAGAAAUUGACCAACUCAAGGAAGCACUGGCUGAGAAAGAUGAGGCAUUUUCUGCUCUUACUUCCAGUGUGACUGAGCAUUCAGAGCAGGUUAUAGUUUUAAAGCAAGUAGUCCAAGAAAAAGAGGAUGAAGUGAGAAAACUGCAAGAAGCACUGUUAACAGUGGAGAGAGAGAGAAAUGUACUGAAAGAAAUGAAAAAUUCUGAUGUGAAAGAUGAUGUGAAAAUGUCCAUGGUUUCAGAGCAACUCAGUGCAACACAGCUAGAGUUGGAAAAAGUAAAAAGUGACAAAGAAGCCAAAGACAAAGAAAAUGAGGAACUAAUUAAACAAAUAGGUGAAAAGAGUCACACAAUUGAAGAUCUUUGUUCAGAAAUGAAGUCUCACAGUAUCACAUAUAAUAAUAACCUUACUGAGUGUAAGUCACAAAUUAGUGUGCUCAAAGAGCAAAUUAGUGAAUCAACUGUGAACCUGCAGAACAUGGAAAUAAAACACAAACUUGAAAUCGAUUCUUUAAAAUCCCAGCUUGAAGAAAAUAGCUCAGUAAGGGAAACGCUAGAUAGGUUGCAUAAAGAAAAGGAAAGCAAAGAACAGAGUUUUGAAAAUGAAUUAAAAUCUGUGAAGGCCUUGUAUAAUAAGCUUGGCUCAGAAGCCUCUAAAAAGGAUGAGGAAUUGGUUAAAUUAUCCAGGCAGAUUUCAGAACAAAUUGAAAAGCAGGAAUCACUGAAAAAGAACUUACAAGAGAAAUUAGAGGUUAUAAGUUCACUGGAGCAAAAGCUUCAUCAAUUCAAGGAAGUUAAGGUGAAAUUAUUUAAAGACUUGCAAACUAAAGAUGAACAGUGUAAGAAUCUUAACAAUAAGCUAAAUGAAACUUUCGAAACAUUGCAGACUAUCAGGUCAGAAGCUGAGGUCCUUACGUUGGCUAACAGGCAGUUUCAGACCGUUCUUGAAGAGAAAGAAAAAGAUAUGAUGGAACAAAAAAAGAUACAUGCAGAUAUCAACAACAAAAUAACUGCUAUGGAAAAAGAAAAUCAGCAACUGGUAAAUAUGAAUGAGACUCUGUCUAAACAAUUGGAUGUGAAAGAGCAUGAAAUGCUGAAGAGCAUUCAGGCUCUGAAAAAAGAGCUGGAAAAUGAAAUAUCUGCCAAAGAUAUUCAGCACCAAAAAAUAGUUUCAGAACUCCAUCUUGAGAAGGAGGUUUUGAAACAAAAAGUUGAUGAAAUAUCAGCUCUUGUAGAGCAGAAGGAAAGUUCUAUGGCUGAGGAAUUUAAAGUAAUCAUGGCAAAGAUGCGAGAGGAAAAUCAGAAGCUAACUGAAACCAAUUUAAACCUCACUCAGAUAGUGGAAGAGAGAGGAUCUAUCCUCAAAAAUAAAGAGGCUGAACUUGAAACUCUAUCAAAACAAUUGGAUAUGAAACAGUGUGAACUACUGAAGCAAAUUCAGGUUGUGAAAAUGUUAGAAAAUGAGAUAUCUGCCAAAGAUACACAGCACCAAAAGUCAUUUUCAGAACUCCAUCUUGAGAAGGAGUCAUUGAAACAAAAAAUUGCUGAAAUUUCAGCCCUUGGAGAGCAGAAAGAACAUUCUAUGACUGAGCAAUUUAAAGUAAACAUGGCAAAGAUGCGAGAGGAAAAUCAGAAACUAAGUGAAACCAAUUUAAACCUCAGUCAGAUAGUGGAAGAGAGAGAAUCUUCCCUCAAGAAUAAAGGGGCUGAACUUGAAGCUCUAUCAAAACAAUUGGAUAUGAAACAGUGUGAACUACUGAAGCAAAUUCAGGUUGUGAAAAAGUUGGAAAAUGAGAUAUCUGCCAAAGAUACACAGCACCAAAAGUCAUUUUCUGAACUCCAUCUUGAGAAGGAGGUUUUGAAACAAAAAAUUGCUGAAAUUUCAGCCCUUGGAGAGCAGAAAGAACAUUCUAUGGCUGAAGAAUUUAAAGUAAAAAUGGGUAAGGUGCAAGAGGAAAAUCAGAAACUAACUGAAAGCAAUUUAAACCUCACUCAGAUAGUGGAAGAGAGAGGAUCUUCCCUCAAGAAUAAAGGGGCUGAACUUGAAGCUCUAUCACAACAAUUGGAUAUGAAACAGUAUGAACUACUGAAGCAAAUUCAGGUUGUGAAAAAGUUGGAAAAUGAGAUAUCUGCCAAAGAUAUACAGCACCAAAAAUCAUUUUCGGAACUCCAUCUUGAAAAGGAAUCAUUGAAACAAAAAAUUGCUGAAAUUUCAGCCCUUGGAGAGCAGAAAGAACAUUCUAUGGCUGAGGAAUUUAAAGUAAACAUGGGAAAGGUGCAAGAGGAAAAUCGGAAACUAAAUGAAACCAAUUUAAACCUCAGUCAGAUAGUGGAAGAGAGAGGAUCUACCCUUAAGAAUAAAGGGACUGAAAUUGAAGCUCUAUCAAAACAAUUGGAUAUGAAACAGUGUGAACUACUGAAGCAAAUUCAGGUUGUAAAAGAACUGGAAAAUGAAAUAGCUAUCAAAGAAGCACAGCACCAAAAGACAGUGUCAGAACUCCAUCUUGAGAAGGAGGCACUGAAGCAAAAAGUUGAUGAAAUUUCAGCUGUUGUAGAACAGAAGGAACGUUCUAUGGCUGAGGAACUGAAAGUAACUAUGGGAAAGAUACGAGACAAAAAUCAGAAGCUAACUGAAACAAAUAUAAACCUCACUCAGGUAGUGGAAGAGCAAGAAUCUAGUCUAAGAGAUAAAGAGACUGAACUUAAAAAACUCCAUCAACAAAUUGCUGAGGUGGAGGACAAAUAUGCAACAUCAAGUGCCCAAUUAGAACUGCAAAGGAAAGAAUUAGAUUUGUUAAAAUUUGAAAAGGAAAAUAUGUCACUUUCAUGUAAAAGUGAAUAUGAUGCUCUUCAAGCACAAUUGAGGGAUGUUAAUUCUACUCUAAUGAACAAAACAGAUGAGAUAGCUACCUUAACCUCACAUUUGUCUCAGCAAAAUCUUAUGAUUUUAGAUCUGAGGGACCAAAUUGAUAGCCUUAUAAUUGAAAAAGAAAAAUUUAAAGCUAAUUCGGAAGAAAAAGAAACUCAACUUUCUCAAAGUGAAGCAUUAAUUCAACAGAUAAAGGACAGUUCCUUUGUUGGAGAAGGAAAAUACUUGCAAACAAUAUCUGAUUUGCAGAAGCAGGUCCACAUUUUGGAUUCUGAAAUUCAACAGUUUAAAGAGCUAGCACAAGAAAAGGAAAAUGAAAUCCAAAAAAGGGGCCAAGAUAUGCAGAUUUUAAAAAAGAAAUCUGAAGAGGCUGAGAUCCUCAGAGUUCAGCUGUCUGAGAAUGUGGAGAUAAUUGCUGACCUUAAUGGUCAGCUUAAAAAUAUGGCAGAAAAGAAAGCUGAGCUUAAUCAGUCACUCAUUCAGAAAGAUGAGUCUCUGAAGCAAAAAUCAAAUGAUUACAUGAAGCUCAAAGCACAGUAUUCUAAAGUAGAGAAACAUUGCCGCUCGAAGGAGGAGUUGUUGAAGUCUUUGAAUUCUGAAGUAGAUCAGUUAAAAGGAGUUGUUUUGGAAAAAGAUAUAGCUAUUAGAACAACUCUGGCAACUAAUGAGACAUUGAAAUUGGAAAAUGAGACCUUAAACAAACAAGUUAAGGAUUUUCAAAAAGUAGUAAUCAAGCUGAACAAAGAGAUUGAGAGUCAGAAAAGAAUAACUAGUGAUAUGCAUGAAUCUGUAAUCGAUAACCAAAAUCUUUUUAGUGAUAUAAAGAAUGGAUUGGUUCUUGAACUUACAAAUGUUUUAAUUGAAAAAGAUAUGAGUAUAAAGCUAUUAGAAAGCAGUGCUUGUGCAAGUACCAAUGAGAAAGAGCUACUUAGGAAAGAAUUGGAAAAAAGUGCAGAAACAGUUAAUAACCUUACUGCCAUUGUGGAAGAAAAUCAUCAAAACCAAACAGCGAAUUUAACUGAGAUAAGUAUUCUAAAAGAUGAAUUGAAUUCUUUAAAAUCUGAAUACCAAAAGACAGUGGAUCAGAUAAGUGCAUGGAAACAAAAUAGUAAUGAAAAAGAACUUGCUUUACAGACUCUUCAAAAGAAGUGCUCUGACCAAAAUCUACUUAUUGAAAACCUAACAACAAAAUUGUUUAAAUUAAACGCCAAAUAUUCUCCAGAAAGUGACAGUGAUGCACUUUCAUUAGAAAAGAAGACACACUUGGCUUCUCAAGUUACAGAUAAAUUUGCUGUACAGAAAACAGUUGAUGUAACGGCCUUAGAAAAAAAGGAAUUCAUUGAAUCUAAAUAUAAGGUUAAGCAGAAAUCAGAAGAGCCGCAAAAGUUUGAUGAUAAAGUAAAAGUAAUGUUAGAGGCUGACACCGCCAAGAUGAAGACUGAAAAAGAGCAGAUUCAGACACAGGCUUUAGAAACUGUUGCUUUGGUUGGAAGUGAAAAUGUCCCUGAACUAAUCAAACAGCUGAUGGCAGAGAAGAGCCAGCUUCAAAAUAAUUUGCAGCACUGUCUUCAUGAAAUCCAAAAUCGAGACCUGCGCUUCCAAGAAGUGAAUUCAAAAUUAAUACAGACAUUUCAAGAAAAUGCAGUUUUGUCUACCCAAUUGGAGAAUUUAUCGCAGUCAGUAAAGGACAACCAGUUGCACUACUCUGAUUUGCAAAACCGUUAUUUCAUGCUUGAGCAAGAAUACCAAACACUUCAAACUCUCCCCCAAACUGCCCAUGGUGAGACUGUAUCGGGAAUUACCACAAAAACUCCUAAGAAGCCAGUUGAUGUACCUGUCACAAUAGACCAAGAGAUAAGCUCUGAAUGUGGAGAUUAUAUUGUACCAUUUCCCUGGGAUGAGAGGGAAUCUCUGAUCAUAGCUCCCCGGGAACAUGUUAUUGUGCGGAAGAUGAAAAGAAGAGCCAUGUCCUUUGGAAACUGGCUCCGAGGUAGAAGACUAUACUUCUCAGGAAUGCCCAGUUGCAGAGCCAAAUCCCGAUAUUUAUUUUUAGUUUACUUUUUAGUUGUACACAUUGUGGUUUUCUUGUGCCUGACUGGCAAUUUAUAAUACUCUGCAAUUGCUGGGCAAUUCAGUUCCUGCCGACUCACCUUAAUAGACUUUUCACAAAUUGCUGUUAAGCUAUGCACUCACUGGUCAUGGUUGUAGGUAUUCAAACGUGUGAUUUUUUUUUUAAGCAUCUUGCAAGGUGUAUGUUUAUAGCAUUUGCUCCAAAAUUGACUUGAAUCACUCUUACAAUGGAAUAUUAUUUUACACUGUCCUUACAGAGAAUGGGUGUGUGACUGGUGGUAUAUUUAGGGGAGCAAACUGUCCUUUGUUCAAAUCCAUGUAUGUCAUGAGGUGUCACCUCCAUACAAUGUCUUCAGUCCAGCCACUGCCAACGUCUGGGAUAGUACCCAAAGCCACAAGAAGCCAGAUCCAGUCGGUAUGGGGAACCACCAGAGAGAUCAUAGCAUUCCCUAGAGAUGCUGCCAGAAGGCCAAGAGGACCUCCUGUUUGCAAGGUGCAGGAUGUCUACUCUGGUGGGUGAAGAAAGGAGCUGAAUGGAAGGUCAGAGACUAUUCAUCUAGCAGGGAGCCUGCUUGGGACAUUGAACAUGACAAAGGACAGUCAGGAGAUAAAACCUGGAGUGAGUGAGUGUGUGUGCAUGUGUGUGUGGGUAUGUGUUUGUUUUGCACUGACUGGGGCUCUUGGCUCCUGCCUCUUGUCUCCCUUUGCUCUGGCCAUCAGAGAUCAUGGUAAGCCUGCUUCUUUCCUCAACCUAUGGCUCACCAGUUGGCCAAUAAACCCUUUAAUGCAUGCAACAUAUCUGGUCAACUGCCUACUGAUUUCCAGUGUUGGAGAUGACAGUUGAACAGGGAUUCCUUAAUUAUUGGUGUUGUGACUCCAAUGAGUGUUUCACUUUUGGGGUUCCUAGCUCCUAGGCCUGAGCCCUGGGGACUGUGGCCAGUUAUGGGUUAUUUGCUGUCUAGUGAAUUCUCUCAUCCUGAGCUCCCUUUUAAGUAGGUUAUUAAAAAUAUAUUUUUUGUUUUUUGAUCAACUACGGAGCUAUACCUGGUUUGAGAUGAAGGAAGAGCUUGGCGAGCUUCUAAGGAGCAAGGCCAAGUGGAAGAGACCAAAGGUUGAAGCUCUGCCUGGUAGUGAGCACACUCUGGGAUGAGGUAGCUCGUCUCUUCUUCCAUCUGAGGGAGGUGAAAGUAUUGUGUGAUGAUGCCCAGAUAAUGCAAGUGGUGAAGCAGAAGGAAUGAUGCAUCCUCUAUGAGUUGCAUGCUAAUAGGGCCAAUGACAAGAUCCUAGUAAGUGAGGGGACAUGCCAGAACUUUUGUAGAGAGAGGGACAAGUAGAUCGAUUUGGAGACUGAGUUAGAGGACCAGCAGCUUUCCUGUUUACCCUUCCCCUUUCGCAGUCACUGACACAGUACGAUUGUAGAGAGAGGGACAAGUAGAUCGAUUUGGAGACUGAGUUAGAGGACCAGCAGCUUUCCUGUUUACCCUUCCCCUUUCACACUCACUGACAGUAAGAUUGUAGAGAGAGGGACAAGUAGAUCGAUUUGGAGACUGAGUUAGAGGACCAGCUAGCUUUCCUGUUUACCCUUCCCCUUUCGCACUCACCGACACAGUAAGAUAGUGUCAAACCCCAGUCUUGCUGGACUACCUCCUGCCCCAUUCCAGGUCCUCACUUUUAUGCAGCCUGGCCCCUACCCUCCAUUUCUGCCUCUCCUUCACUAUGCAAAUAUUUCUCCUUCCCCAUUCCUGCCCCUCGUCUGCACAUACACUCUACCCAGCAAUAUUAGAGCAGGAGAAUGGAGGAACAAGAAAGAGGGGUGGGACAAUGGAGCACAGACAUGGAGAACCCAGUUGGUUAUGGAGUCAAGACCCUUGACCCUGACAGGGUGCCGGCAUCAUGCAGGAUGUGGGGCCCCUACUAAACAAUGCAUGAAAGCAGCUCAUGGUCUGGUGUAGUCAAGCCCAUUAUAGGUUGUGGCAGGGCAGACCUUCCAAUCCCAGCUAGGAUGGAUUCGAUGAACCUGCAGGGAGGUGUCCACUGGAUGUCCAGGUUUGAUGGACAGGUUGUUAGGAUGAGUGUCUGCCUGGAGCAUACCCCUUCCCCCCAGUUGGCAGGUCAGAGGGGUCACCCCUCUACAAGUGGGGUUGAGUUUUCUGUCCCCAGAAUCCUUGAGAAUGAUCCCGAUAAUAACUCCCAAGCCUGAACCACAGCAGAUACAGGAGCUGGUAGAUAGGGCCGAGCAGGGACGGGGGAAGUGAAGAGACGAGUGCCACUCUAGACUGAAGUCAGCAGCCUUGGGUCAGGUCAGGCAAAUUUCUGCAGGGUGGCAUGGUGUUUGCGCAGGUGAAGUAGAGGAGAGAGAAGGAAGUCUUGGAGGGGGAAGUGGAUCAGCAGGCCCUCCUGGUGGUUGCUGUGGAGAGCCUCUGGGCUCCCCAGAACUAUGGUAGAACGGCCCAGUAGAAGAUGCCCCAGAGACCUAGCAAUCCUCAAGAUUGGAUGCCCUUUGGAACACAAACUCCAAAGGAUACCCUGAGACCCAGCUAACUACACAGAAAGGCUUGAGAUCCUUAAGGUUUCAGAGGUCUGUUCUUGAAACUGCCAGGAGGUUCUCCUGGGCCUUCACAAGGCUCUCCAAGAACUCCUCAAAAACAGGGUAGACUGUGGGUGGACAUAGAUGCCUGGCACACCCUCCCUGCCUGCUCCACUCCAGAUCCCCGACAUAUUAGCAGGGAGAAUCGGGUGAUGGUCAGUCAGUGGGGGCUGGUAGUAAUAGCAGAUUCUCAUGGCUGGUAUCCCAUUUGUUUUUAAUCAAGUCCUAAAUUUAUAAUUUGGUUCAGUGUUUUUCCUAAAAUGUUAAUUGGCUUUUCUUCCGAACCUUUUGCUGUUUGCUUCAAAUUUACAGUUGGCCUUUCCUUCCAAAUCUUCCACAAAAUUUGCUUUCCUGGGUUGUUUUUAAAUUUUAUUUCUCUCCCUUGUCCUUAAUAUUUUUUUUGCUUUAAUUGAAAUUUACUUUUAAAAUUUAUACAAUUUUCUAUUUCGGUUUGAUUCUGUUUUUUCCUCCUCCUUCUUAUCUGUUUCUCUUCCCUUUUUUAUAAUUUCCUCUGGCAUUUACUAUUAGAACUAUUUGGCUCUAACAUUUUGGGGUUUUUUGCUUUUUCAUAUUUAAAUAAAAAUAAAUUAUGAUAUUUAGUAAGCCCUUGUUCUAAACUCUGGGGUAGAUAGAAGGUAAUCAGGUUGGACACAAUCUUUGUCUCACAGGAGGCUCGGUCUAAGCAUUUCUUUUCUCUUCCAAAUCCUCUUUCUUAAAAAGAGAAAGCAAAAGAUGGCCCAGGGAGAGUAGUAGUAGUAUUGUUAUUAAUAAUAAUAAUAAUAUUAAUCCUGAUUAUCAUCAUAGUAAAGUGGCCCUACGUGCUCCCAAAAAUGUAUUUGGAACUCCAAAUUGUUGGAGGGUAGGGGAGAGACUUGCCUAGUGAAUUCUUACAAUCUUGGGGAAGUCACUGUGUGUGUACCAUGGCUGAUUGGUUUGUUUCUUUUCUACCCAUGAUUGAUUUUUAUAAAGUUUAAUUCUGCUUGAGAUCCAUCACAAUGCAUUUUUUGUUCUCUCUUGUGCUUGUCUAUCCUCUGAUUCAAUGUAUACUAUUGUUUAUUUGACUGUAACUUGCUCACUGCCAAUUUCAAGCUCCAUUAGAAUUUUACAUUUCUGUGUAUAUUGGUGUGUUACUGUAGUGUUUCUUGGUCCACUAUACACUGUUUUCACUUGUACUAUAAACCUGACUUGUUAAUUGGCUAUCAAAUGACUUUCAUGCACUGACUUGCAUUUGACAUAGCCACUUGUAGUCUUCUAUGUUUUUUUGCUCUGUUCUUGUCUAUAGUCUACUCCAGUUUUUGGUUUUUUUUUUUGACUUUUUGACUAGCCUAGCUGUAAUUAGUGUCUAUACUAUAAUGCAAUCCAGAAGCAAAAGUGUAGUCUCUAAAUGAAUGAAAAAGGGAGGGAUGUAAGACUGUCUUGAUGAGCAUGUGAGUACCUUAGUGUGUUUGGAGAGGCAGACUGCCCUUUGUCCAAGUCUAAGAAUGCCAAGAGGAUGUCAUCUUUAGAUACGACAUGUGCCAACUCACCUUAAUAGACUUUUCUCUAGCUGUUGUUAAGCUAUGCACUGGUCACUGUUGUGUAUAUUAAAUUGUGUGACUUUUAAGCAUCUUGCAAGAUGCAUGUCUAUGACCUUUGCCCCAGAAUAGACUUGAAUUUCACUUUCGGUGGAAUAUUUUUGCACACUGUGUGGAGGAUGGAUGUGUGAAUGCAUGAAUCUUUAGGGGAGCAGACUGCCCUUUGUCGAAGUUCGUAAGUGUCAUGAGCUCACCUUCAUACAAUGCCCCCAACUCAGCUCCUGCCAACAUCUGAGAAAUGGAGUUUGCCCAAAGCCAUGAUGAGGAAGAACACCUGGAGCCAAGAGAAGCUGGAUCCAGUGGGUGUAGGGUACUCCAGAGAGCUGAGAUCCAGCCAGUCCAUGGAGAUGCUGCCAGAAGGCAAAGAGGACCAGCCAUCCUUGGCAAAACCCAGGAUGUCUGCCCCUUGAAGACAGACAUGCCAGUGGUGGUGUCCCAGAGACUAUUCAACUAGUAGGGAGCCUCUCUGGAGCAAAGGAGGCCCUGCAUGGGACACUAAACAUGACAAAGGGCAGACUGGAGAUAAAGUCCUGGGGGAAAUGAGAGAGAGGGGCAGUUGGGGGGGCUGUUUGGUGUGUUUGGGUAUGUGUGUAUUUUCAUUGACUGUGGCUCUUGGCUUCUGCCUCUUGCCUCCCCCAUUCUGCUUGCUGCUGUUUGGCCACUGAAGGGGACAGUGCACAAGGUAAGCCUGUUUCUUCCCUAGCUGGCACGUUAACUCCUUACUGCAACCUAUUUGGGAAAGCUGCCUUUUGAAUCCCAGUGUUGGAAAUCACUACGAGGCAGGGAUUUCUUCAAUUAUAUUUGCUAAUGAGAAGAUAUUCUCCACUACAAAGACACUGCUGCAUUUGAGAUGUUUAUAGUUUGCAAAUAGAGUUACUACUGAAUGGGGUGUAAAUGGAGUCUUUUCUAUAUAAAUUUUAUUUUAAGAGAGUUAAACUAUAAAUUUUAAAGAUCUAUUCAUCUAUUGUGGUAAGCAGCUUCUUGAUUGUGGCAAGAAGUUUUACAGAGUGCAAUAAAAUAAAUUUCAUGGAAUUCUCCUUUAGAAAUAAAGUUUAAAGAACUGAUCA